CACGUGACUCGCAUGAUGGCAGUGAAGCGCGUGUUGAAUGCGCUCUAUUCGCCGAAGUGGUUGAUCGCGACCAACACGACGACUGGCGCCCUCUUUCUCGGCGCCGGAGAUCUCAUCGAACAGCAGCUCAUCGAACGCCGUCUUCUGCUCCGCGCGCAACACUUCGACGCAAACAGAACUCUCGGAAUGACUUUUACGGGAAUUUAUUUCGGAUUUUGCGGACAUUUUUGGUACAAAUUCCUCGACAAGCGCUUCCCGUCUUCGGCGCGCAAACACCUGCUGAAGAAGCUGUCGUGCGAGGCGGCCAUCGGUCCGCCAUUCGGCGCUUCCGUCUUCUUCAUCGUCGGCCAAUGGGAAGGAAAGCCCGUUCGGCAAAGUCUUCGCGAACUGCGCGCCAACCUCGCGCUCCUCUGCCUCAGUCUCUUUCUGCGGACGCGCUGUCCUCUGGCGGCCGCCAAGCGGUCAGUGAUCGGCACUUCUCACGCCUCGCAGCGCGACGACGAGGUCUUCACUUCCAAACUCAGCGGAAUCGACGCCGGAGUUGUCGUGUUGUCUCUGAACCGCCCGAACGGCGCGAACUCUCUCUCGCGAGGAAUGGCGCGACUUCUCAACGAGAGUCUCUACCAGUUGUCGAAGGACGAAGAGCUGCGCGUUCUCAUCAUCCGCUCGACGGUUCCCGGCAUCUUCUGCGCCGGCGCCGACCUCAAAGAGCGCGCGACGAUGCCCGAGAAGGACAUCCCGCCCUUCGUGGCCAAACUGCGCGCCAUCGCGAACGCCAUCCACGACUUCCCGUUCCCCACCAUCGCCGCGAUCGACGGCGCGGCCAUCGGCGGCGGCCUCGAGUACGCGCUGGCGGCGGACCUGCGCGUCACCGCUUCCAACGCGAAGAUGGGAUUGGUGGAGACGAAGCUGGCCGUGAUUCCGGGCGCGGGGGGGACGCAGCGGCUCUCGCGCCUCAUUCCCCUCCAUUUGGCGAAAGAACUCAUUUUCACCGGACGUCUCAUUGACGGCCACACCGCGUAUCAGAUCGGAAUUGCCAACUAUUCGGUCGAACAGAACGCCAAUGGCGACGCCGCCUACCGGCGCGCCGUCAAACUGGCCGAAGAGAUGAUCCAGAACGGGCCGGUGGCGCUCAAGGCCGCCAAAGUGGCCAUCAAUCGGGGCAGUGAAGUGGACCUGCAGUCGGGACUGGCCAUAGAGGCGGCGCAACACACGCUCACUGUCGGCACGAAGGAUCGCAUCGAAGGGCUGAUGUCCUUCAAGGAGAAGCGGAGUCCGAAAUAUCGCGGCGAAUGA